CAGAUAUGGGACACGGCUGGUGAAGAAAGGUUCCAGAGCCUUGGAGUAGCUUUUUAUCGCGGUGCUGAUUGCUGUGUACUUGUCUAUGAUGUCAACUUCGCCAAAUCAUUUGAGGAUCUCAAUAACUGGAGGGAAGAGUUUCUGAUCCAGGCGAGUCCAUCUGAUCCAGAGAACUUCCCCUUUGUUGUCAUCGGUAACAAAAUCGAUGUGGAUGGUGGAAACAGCCGUGUUGUUUCAGAGAAGAAGGCUCGAGCUUGGUGUGCUUCAAAAGGAAACAUCCCAUACUAUGAAACUUCUGCUAAAGAAGGCACCAAUGUUGAAGACGCAUUCAUGUGUAUUACCAAGAAUGCAAUGAAGAGUGGAGAAGAGGAUGAAAUGUACUUGCCGGACACAAUCGAUGUCGGAACCAGCAACCCACAGAGGUCAGCAGGAUGUGAAUGCUAAAAUGAUUCUUUUACCUUUGCUCUCUGACCACCAGUUUAUCUCUUCUCCGAGGUUUUUUACCUUC